UAAAAAUUCAUAUACCUCUAAGUAUUUCAGUAUAACUCGUGUGUAACAUGAAUGUUGCCAUUUUGGUGUGGUUCUUAUCUGUCCAACCUUGGAUAUCUUCUGGACAGCCGGCAUCAUGUCAACAACGAUUUCCUUACACCAUUUUACCGGAUCCUGGCGAUAUCCAAGUACCACAACAAAUAGACGGUGUUUGGUAUAAAUACCGUCAACUGAACCAGUUCAGCGGAGCCACGGGAGUGAUUAACGAUCGUGUCAAAUGGACCGUUGUGGCCAGUACAGUGGACACCAUCACCAAUCGGUCCGCGGUGACACUGUGGGGCAACUUUGCUCGCUACAAUAUGCCGGAGAAUAAGACUUGUCAGAACCACUUCUGGACGGGCUACUUAACCGACACCGGUCGGCAUAACGGCGAUGUUGCCACCACGGAGCUGCAUUUCGUUUUGAAGGAGGGCAACGGUCAAAUACUCUACCACGAUUAUGACAAGAUAUUCGUGGAGUACGCCUGUACCGGGCCGAAACCGGAUGGGACCUGCAGCAUCCCGGUGAUUGCGGUGCAGACAAGGGUCAAACCAACCGACUUAUCCCCUGCAGAUAUGGCGAGCUUCGAUGCUGUCCUUAAUAAGCUCUUCGCACCGUAUUGCAUCACGGUGGACAGUAUACCAAAGCAACCCUACACGGAUGACCUACCGUACUGUCCAUUUAUCGACCCGCCUGCAUGCUCGGCAGCUAAUCUGCGAGGUCUUUCUUUUGUUAAAAACGCAGACAGCUCUACGCCUUUGAACUACGGCACUACGACAAAACUUUUGGGUAAUGAAUGCCGAUGGCCCAUCGCCGUUCCAACCGAUGACCUUGUACAAUCGUACGAUCCGACGCAGCUCACGGGUCAGUGGUACGCGUGGUACUUCUUGUCCGUGGAAACCGAUGUGAACACUCUGCAGUACACUUGGAGCAGUAUUGACACCGGUUACCUACCCCUGAGCAACAUCACAGCGAAGUCCAUGUGGAUGGAGUACACUUUCCUAAACAGUUCUGGAUGCCAACACGGGUACUAUGUCGGUGACAUGGGAAUUAACGGACAAUCCGAGGGGCUUCUGGGUCCAAUCUCACAAACCGGCGACCGCGUUAUCCUUAAACUGAACACCAUGUAUUUUGACGGGACCUACGCCGUGCACUAUGGCUGCAUUGUUCCCGACCCGGUGAACAACCGGUGCCAGCUCCCGUUUAUUCUGAUUGGCGCUCGUAACAGUCCACUACAGGUCAACGAAGGAAAUCUUCGCAUUUUUCCGAAGCUUGUUGGUCUCUUUGCCAAGUACAACUGCUUUGUGGUGCCGACGGUGCCCUACUCAAUCCUGCUGGACGGCCCGUCGACGUCCGCCUGCCUGUUUCAAGGAGGCACGGAUUGUGUCAAACUUCAAAUACAGGGUUUGCAAAACACCGCACCUGCCAACAGUACUACGACGCUUCCGCCCGCCAGUUACUCAUAAUUUUUUAAAGCUGGGAUUAAUUAAUUGAAUAAUCAAAAUCAGAAAAAGUUGUGAAUAUAAUUAAAUCAGUGCGCCGGUUACUAGUAAUAGAAGGCUGGCCUUCACUGGA